CUGUCCGAUGUGGACCGUAUACGCCUGUUCGACCACUUGAGCAAGACCCUGGGGGACUCGCCGGCGCUGGACGCCAUGCGCCGUGUGCCCCGGGAAAGGUUCGUUCCCGAGCAUCUGGGAAACCAGGCGUACCAAAACACCGCCCUUGCCAUCGGCCACGGCCAGACCAUAUCGCAGCCCCAGAUGGUGGCGGCGGCCAGCAUCGCCCUCGACCUGCACGGCGAUGAGCACGUCCUGGAGGUGGGCGCGGGCAGCGGCUACCAGGCGGCGGUACUUUCCGCGAUGCUGCCGCGCGGGAGCGUAGUCGCGGUAGAACGGAUCCCGGCGCUGGUCGCGAUGGCGCGACGCAACCUGUCGGCCGCCGGGUUCAGCGACGUGACGGUGUUGGAAGCCGGCUCGAUACUGGGAGCGCCAGACUGCGCUCCGUUCGACGCGAUCCUGGUCUCGGCGUCGGCUCCGGCGGUGCCGGAAACGCUGCUGGCGCAACUGAAACCCGGCGGUCGCAUCGUGCUGCCGGUGGGAACACGGGAGCGGCAGACGCUGACGCGGGUGUGGGUCAAUCCGGACGGGCGGGUACGCGAGGAAUUGGGUCCCUGCACCUACGUGCCGCUUUUGGGCGAAGAGGCGUGGCCCGAAGGAUCGUAG